AUGAGCGCGCCCCCAAAGGCUCAUGUACACGCCUCCUCUGCGGGUGCCAUUGCUGGUACUGGCUUAAGCGGACAGGGAGGACAGACAGCUCCUCCACGCUCGCCGCAACCGUCGCAGAGCCAACCAUCAACAGGACUGCGGGUUCCAUCCAAUCGCAAGACUAUAUAUGACCGGAACUUGAAUCGCACGCGAAAUGCAGAACUUAGCAAGGCCAGCUUUGGUUAUAUCUUUUCCGAGAUGGUGGUAUACGCCCAAAGAAGAGUUACAGGAAUCCAAGACCUAGAAAGACGACUAAACGAACAAGGCUAUCCUCUUGGACUUCGUCUGCUAGACCUACUACUAUACCGAUCCUUAACUGGCUCAUCGACAACGAGCACCUUGACGUCCCAGUCUUCCUCAAGUAACCAGCCUGUUAGACCGCUACGCAUCCUUCCACUCCUACAGCUGAUCCAUGGGCCUUUAUGGAAACUCCUAUUCUCACGCCCGGCAGACGCCCUUGAACAUUCCGUCUCUCCAAAUACACCUAAUGAAUAUAUGAUUACCGACAACGAUCCCCUAACAAAUACCUAUAUAUCGGUGCCAAAAGAGAUGAACAUGUUAAAUUGUGCGGCCUUUGUAGCCGGUAUCAUUGAAGGAGUAUGCGAUGGCUGCGGCUUUGAGGCUUCUGUGACCGCUCAUAAUCAAGGAAACGAUAUGUGGCCCAGCCGAACCGUGUUUUUGGUGAAAUUUGGAGACUCCGUUAUGGAAAGAGAAAAGACUUUGGAGCGAGCUGGAAUUAAAUAA